AUGCUUCUAUUCAUAUUUGCAUCGUUUGUUCUUCCUCUUCAUUCAUUAAAUCCAAUGUUCAAUCGAUUUCGUCGUCAAUCAAAUGGUUGUGGUCCAAUAACUUUCAAUAUCGAUAGAUUUCUUAAAGACAUUGGUGACGAUGUUUUAAUUGUAUGUUGUAAUGAACAUGAUUUAUGUUAUGAUACAUGUGGUCAAAAACAAUUCACAUGUGAUACUACAUUUCUACAUUGCAUGAUUCAAGCAUGUCAACAAUUAUCGCCAUUAACGAAUAUUGAUCGUUGUCAAACUAAUGCUCGUAUUCUUUUUUGGUUUGUAUUUUUUGCUGGUCAAUCUGCAUAUCAACAAGCACAACAACAACAUCAAUGUAAUAUAUCAAAACAAAAUAAUUCAUAA